AUGAUAAGUAAUGAACAAUUUACUCUUUUUCAAAAAAUGGUAAAAGAAUUCAUUGAUGAAGGAUUCCAAAAAUUAGAGGGAAGAAUGAACAAUAUGGAAAAACAAUUAGCAGAUAUGGAACAAAUGAUUAUUCAAGCACAAACUGAAGGCCCAAAAAGUAAAAAAGAAAGGGAAAAAAAGAUAAAAGAAGAAAUGUGGCAUGCUGAUUUCAAAGGGAGAAACAUCAAGCUUACAUAUAUGACCUUUGAAAUCAUAAAUAGUCCGGUAGAGAAGAAACGCCAAUAUAUGCGCAAUAACAAUUAA